UGUUUCUCUGGAUUGUCCCUCUCUCUUUGACAUAAUCUGUUUCUGUUUUUAAACUCAGCUCUUCUUCAUCACCUUUCCUUCUUCUAUGCUUCUUUUUCUUGUUAAAUUGUAAGCAACUCUGCAUCUUCCUGUAUUGAUUUUUGUUAUUUUUUCUUUGUGUAUACUGUUUUAUUUAUAGGAUUCUUCAAAGGGUUUGGAGUUUUUCUAAUCUUGCUCAGAUUGUGUUUGAUUAAAUCUCUGAAAGGUACAUAUAACAUAUCCCUGGAGAUCAGGUGGUGACUUGGUUCUAGUGUAGGUGAAGGUGGUUGGUUUGGUUAAGUAGAAAAUAAUAGAAGAGAAAAGAAACCCAUAUUUCAAGAGGCUUAGAUAAAUUGCCUCUGAUUCAGGGAACCUUGUUUGCUUGUGCUCUUCUGGGCUUUUAUAUCUCUUACUAAUUCUUGAAAUUUUCUCAUUUGAUCUAUCCAUCCAUUUUUCUAUUGCCAAAAGGAUCAAAAGAUUGGUUGGAAGAUAGAAAGAAGCAAGGAUUUGGGUCCUUUCUCUCUCCUCUCUGUCUUCCCUCUUCAGGUUGAUGUGUCAAGAUAGAGAAUAGGUUCCAGACCCAUCUGUUUCAAGCAUUUGAUUAAUUUUAGUGCUUUUUUCUUUUAUUGAUUAAAAUCCCAUGUAAUAGAAGUUUGAGUCCAUUUUUCAGCCAUCCUGCAUUGCUUAAAGUAUUAGCUUCUUCAAUUAGCUUGCAUAGGCUUCAUCAUCAUUCUAUCUUGUAUGUACGCAAUUUUUUGAGAAGCAGCAAAUUACAAGGUACGAAAAGUAGCAGUUGCUAGUUUGUUUUUGGAGGGUUCAAUGGAGGAGAUGUCUCCAGCAGUUGCUGUUCCAUUUAGCAUAGACAAAAUGAUCUGCAACAAAUCACCGGUAACAGCCCAUAUGGAAAUUUCUGGGCUGAAGCGUAUGGCUGAUAAAGCAACUUUGAUAUCGAACUCUGCGAGGAACCCAAAUACACCUUUUGGGUCUGUUUGUUCACAGAGUGGAAUUGGCCAAGUAGCAGUAGCUGAAGAUGUGAGUUGCAGAAACUUAUGUUCUCAAUCUGUGGCUAUUGAUACUAGCAAUAUCUGUUUUGAGGAAGUUUUGGCUUUGGAUGCUGAAUCCAAUAGGGAUCCAAUGGUUGUUGAGAAAACCGUUGGUAGUUUUGAAACCACAGCAACUUCCCAUGUGAGAGAACCAAAGGUUGAAUUAGAGCCUGUGGAUGAUAUUGUCUCUGUGGCAGACAUUGAAGGUGAAGAUGGCUAUGGGUCUGAUCCGAAAUCAUCUGCUGAUGUGCCAGAAGAAAAGAAGAUCACCAUGACAGGUAGCGUGAGUGCCUUUGAAUCGUGUAGCAGACCUCUUUGGGGAUUUACAUCUACAUGUGGAAGGAGACCAGAGAUGGAAGAUAAUUAUGCUGCUGUGCCUGGAUUUUUUCGUAUUCCUACUCAAAUGCUAAUGGAUGAUCUUGUUAAUGGCAUGAACCAGAAGCUAGGUUGCUCAAGUGCUCAUUUCUUUGGUGUCUAUGAUGGCCAUGGGGGCUCUCAGGUUGCUAAUUAUUGCAGCAAGCGCAUUCAUUUGGUUCUGGCCAAUGAGCUAGAAAUUGCACAAGCAGGCUUGUGUGAUGGAAGCACUAGAAGUAGUUGGCAGGAGCAGUGGAAGAAAGCAUUCUUAAAUUGCUUUCUGCAAGUUGAUGCCGAGACAGGAGGAUCAUGCAGAGGCAUCACAGGAAGUAUUACCGGUCACUCCGAGGCUCAACUUGAAUCCAUUGCCCCUGAAACUGUAGGUUCUACUGCAGUAGUAGCCAUUGUUUGUACAACUCAAAUAAUAGUCUCAAAUUGUGGCGACUCGAGAGCAGUUCUAUGUCGUGGAAAAGUAGCUAUCCCAUUGUCAGUAGAUCAUAAACCCGAUAGAGAAGAUGAAUAUGCAAGAAUAGAGGCAGCAGGAGGCAAGAUCAUACAGUGGAACGGGUCUCGUGUUUUCGGUGUUCUUGCAAUGUCAAGAUCCAUAGGUGAUAGAUAUUUGAAGCCAUGGAUUAUCCCAGAUCCUGAAGUGAUGUUUGUUCCUAGAACAAAAGAAGAUGAGUGUCUUAUUCUUGCAAGUGAUGGUUUGUGGGAUGUAAUGACAAAUCAAGAAGUGUGUGACAUAGCAAGAAGAAGAAUCCUUCUUUGGCAUAAAAGAAAUGGUGAUAAUUUAUCCGCAGAAAGGGGCGAGGGAAACGAUCCUGCUGCUCAAGCUGCAGCAGAAUACCUCUCCAAGCUCGCUCUUCAGAGGGGGAGCAAAGACAAUAUCACUGUUAUUGUGGUGGACUUAAAAGCUCAACGGAAAUUAAAGAAGAAAGCUUGAUAUUGACUACUGUGUUCACCCCAUCAAUUGAAAAUUUUCAACCCCAUUCAUUGAAAACUUUCAAAUACUGUACUAAGUGAUAAAGGGAAUCUAUGUUCUGGUUUUUCAUGACUUCAUACAUAUUUAGCCCAUCAAUUUUUUUCUUCUUUUCAUUUGGGAAACGUAAUGGCUCUGCCAUUACUCUUUCUGCUAGUUUGAAGUAGCUUCUGCAAUCUGUAUAUUACUACCUGCAAUACAUUGGAAUACUACUCUCUUUAAUUUUGC